AUGUCGCUUACUGUGGCCGAGGCAAAACGCCGCUGGCAGAACGCAGAAACAGAGAUCCAUCGGACAUUCAACGCAGAAGAUGUGGAUGAGGAAGUUCGAGGGUAUGGUGGCCUGCGUGAAGCAAUCCAAGCUACUGGACACGACGGUCUUUGGUUUGCUCACGAAGAUGCUGAGGCGGCAAACCUUCGACUAGCUGAUUCAUCUCUGCAAUCCGGCCAGAAUCGUGUCGUGCCAGACGAAGCGCAGAGUGCCAUGGCUAUCGUGUCCUCGAAUGGCAAUUCUGCACCAUGGGCUAUUGCUAGCGAGCAAUGGAAUGAUCUAUCUGCGCUAAAGAAGAUCCGCACUGACUUGAAGCAACAUGUUCGGGCCGUCAAGAAUCGGAUUCGACAGCUCAGAUCUCUUCAAGCAUCGAAGCGCACCGAAAUCUCCGAUCACCAAUCCGGGGCUGUCUAG